AUGUCAAGGGCUCAUCAGCAACGGUCGGAGGAAGACUACAACAUGGAGAGCUCAAUCGCCUUGAGAGAUCGAGGUAUAUUAGAAACCCAGGCGAAGAGGCGCCACAGGAAAGAGAGAGAUGUGCCGAUAGGCUCCCUCUUCGCAUCGACGAGGCAGGAAGAAUCAUAUGGGCAGGCGAGGAGGCGGCAGGCAGACCACAGGGAGUUCUCCCCAUACGUCACCCCCAUCAGAGAGAGAUCCUCUACUCAGAGGCCCUCGGUGCCUCGGGUAAUGGACGACGACGAGGAUACCAACAUGGACGUAGAGGAACGGCGGGUAGAGAACCCUUUUGGCGACCUUAUUGGGCAAGAAGUCCAGCGACAAGGUGCCCCCGUGGUGCAGCAACUCAGCCGCGGGAUCGAGGAACUCAGCAUGCACGUGCGGGAUAUCCCCAUACUCAGGGAACUCACCCGGCAGCAGCAGGAGUACACCAACAAAAUCGUCGAGGACCUCCACGCCAAAUUCGCUGAGGACAGAGCCGAACGCGACAGCCAGCUCAACCAGGUCAUGGCUCAGCUACGAGCGGAAUCCACCGCCACUACCAGCAACCUCGGCCAAGUCCUUGGGCAGAUCGUGGAAGCUACUAGGGCGCAUCAGGAAAGGCAGGAGCGACAGGAUCAGCACAUAAAUGCGCUGACCAAUUUCGUCCAGCAACUUCCGAAAGAUGGCCCUGUGCAGAUACCCGCGGAAGUCGCAGCCGCCCUCGAGAAGAUAGAACGGGACAGACAAGCUGCGUUAGAAGACCAGUUCGCAGGUACGAAGAAGAACCUGGAGGAGAUAAUCGAGCAGAUGCGGGUAGCCGCCAAUAGAACGGCAGCAGCCCCCGAAGGCUCAGGAGGCGAAGGCAUAGUACCCCCACCACCUCCACCGAACCCCCCUAGCAAUUCCGGAGAGAGACCGGAAGGAUCAGGAAGUCAGCCCCCCAUACCCCCUCGCUCUGAGGCAAGGAAAAGCCAACGGAGUGAACAGGGAGGCAGGGGAGGCAAUGGCAAUAACGGCAACGGCGGAAACCGCGCAAGACCACGAGGCCCAUCCCCCUCAGACUCAUCCAGCUCCUCCGAUUCAGAGGACGAUCGUCGAGCAUGUGAACGAAGGCAGAGAAGACGGGAGGAGCGAAGACGCCGUAAUAGGCAGCAAGAGGUAGAACUCAUGCACCCCCCUCGCGCCACCCUGGGAGAUAUGCCAAAACAGGCAAAAAUCCCCUUCUCCGGAAAAGCCGACGAAGAUGUACGGCACUGGAUCGACCAAAUGGAAGUCUUAAUUGAACUUCAGAGGAAGGUCAGGUGGGACGACCAGACCAAGAUCCUGUGGGCAUCCCUGGAACUUACCGGGAGUGCGGCAAAAUUCUGGCGAAACUUCGUGGAGCGACUAUCGGUAGACCCCAGCAUCGGAACAUGGGAGAAUUUCAAAAACGAAUUACGGAUUCAGUACGGCAAUCGAACAAGUCAAGAACAAGCCAAACAGAAGAUGGAUAAGCUCCGUCAAACUGGCAUGAUCGAUGACUACAUCAAUGAGAUGCAGAAUCUGGAAUGGGACGCGAAGGUCGGACCCAUCGUAAUGAAAUCCAUGAUCCCAACAGGAAUAAACUCCUCGCUGGAACAACGCCUCUCGAAUGCGAUCGAGGAACCAGAAGAUUUCGCGGAAUGGCUAGCCUGGGUUAGGAAGGUCGGACGUAAGGAUCACGAGGUGAAGGCCCGGAAAGAGAUCUUACGUGGCAAGGAUGUCGUGAAACCUCGUGAGGAAAAAUCGGAACGGCGAAAAUCGCGCAACCCCGCACCUCGGAAAACUUUUUCCGCGCCAGCACACAACUCCAAGGCCUCGGAUGACUUAGGUGUCACCAAGGACGAAAAGGAGAAGUGGCAAAGGAAGGAAAGUGUUUCCGUUGUGGUAGAGAUAACCACUUCGCGAAAGAUUGCGUGGCGACGAGUAAGGUCAGGUUAA